GGAGGAUGUGACACAACAGCAUCAGGAGCUAUCGUCUUCAGAGUCUGAGAUGGACACAACUCCGCUGGGCCUGAUGCUCGUGGAACCGUGCCCCCCGAAAGAAGACCCCGACAAGGGCACUAGAAAAGAAUUCGAGAGCCUCCCUGCCCUUCAAUUGUUCAAACACCAUUUGAAGGACUUUGAGGGGGGCUCGAGAAAACAUGAAGUUGCAAAGGAUCACACAAGGCAGGUAUGUCGCCUACUUUAUGAAUUAGAAGAUAGCCCAACGAAUGUGAAACCCCUUUGGGACAGCAAUAAUUUAAACGUGUUAAAGAACAAUUUCUUCAAGGGCAAUGACUUGCUUGGAGAGGAGGAUAAGAGACAUCCAGCGACUCUAAAAGUCUAUAUUAUCUUGCUGCGGUUGGAGACCUGGCCAAAGGCAUUGACCGAUGCUAUGAAUAAAAUAAAGGCUGAUAUCCGUUUACAAGACGUGUAA